AUGGUAAACAUUUUUAGAAAAACCUUUCGACGUUUCGUAAAAAUUUACAAGAGACGACAAGCAGGACGUUCAAUUCCAGUCGAAACGAAACAAAUAUUAUCGGAUGAGUGCAUUCAACAUGUAUUCAAGUUUCUCAGUGACAAUGGACUUUAUUCUUGUUUAUUUGUGAAUAAAUAUUGGUGCAAGAAUGCAAUCCCAAUCUUGUGGGGUCGACCUUUUCGUAAUUUAUCUCCGGAGCAUCAAUCGAAGCUAUUGGCAAUAUAUCUUGCACGUAUUACCCCCGAAGAAAAGGCGUCAUUAAAAAGAAUUUUCAAAAAAAUCAAGAUCAAGAUUCAGUUACCAAAACAUCAUCUUACCUACAAAUACGAAUCUUUUUUACAAGAACUUUCAUUCAAAGGAUUAGAAUCGGCUAUAUUUUCAUGGUUAAGCUCAUCAUUACGUAAACCUGUUAAAGAUACUCACAGUUUAAAUGUGCAAAUAGAGCAUUUAACAACAUUAUUAUGCUCUUUGUUUUUCCGAUCUUGUGAAAAUUUAAACACUCUCAUUAUCGACAAACACUUGUCUUUUACUAAUAUUCCCGAUGUUGUAGUAUUUUCGAAAUCUGGAAUUUUAACUCAACUUAGAAAACUUCAAAUAAAUUUUCGAAAAUCAGAAAGUAUCAUAGAUUUAUUAGAAUCCUUACACUUAUAUUGCAAAAAACUUGAAUACUUGGAAGUUAAUUUUAUAGAAUUUGAAAAUGACGAAGCAAUAUUUGGUUCAAUAUCAAAUCUCAUCGAUCAACAAGAAGGAUUAAAAGAACUUCGGUUAGGAUAUAUUCAAUCGAGUAAUGGAAUCAGUUUAAAAAUUUUGGGUUCUUGUCCAAAUUUAAAGAAUUUAAUAUUUUGGAAUUCACAAGGACUUGGUACUCAAAACUCAAAAAGUUUACAAGAUUCAAAAUAUCAUUUGGAAAAAUUACAUUUAUGGGGUCAACGAAAACAAUCAAAUAUUACCGCUACAAUAAUUCAAGCAACCGGAAAAACUGUUAAACAAUUAUGGGUGGAUUCUAUAUCUUCGGAAGUAGUUCAAUCAAUUAUUGAUCAUUGUUCACAACUUACCGACCUUCGAAUAAUGGAUUAUCAACCAAAACAAGUUCCAUUUCUUUUAAACUUACUUAAAGAUGUUAAUCAAUUAGAAAAACUUACUAUCACAAGAGAAACUGUAGUUGAAAUGGGUGUUGUAAACUUUUCAGGAAAGAACCUUCCUAUUAAUCUCAAGUAUCUUAGAUUAGAAUGCGGAUUUACUACUGGGCAAUUGGAAAAAUUAUUAACAACUUGCAAAGCUCCUUUGAGAACUUUAAUCGUGGACUAUUGUAAAUUUGAAUUUGCUCAUUUAAAAGUUAUAUCAGAUUACAUAAAGACUACAAAGUGUCUAAAAGUACUUGGAAUCGGAGGGAAGAAAGAGUAUAGCCAAAGAGAAUCAAGGGAAAUUGAGAGUUUAGAAAAAAAUUAUGGAAUUUAUAUUAUUCCUUUACAUGAAGUUCAUGAUUGGUAA